GCACCGCGCACGUGGGGGGCCCAGACUCCGCGCACGUGGGGGUCCCAGACUCUGCGCACGUGGGGGUCCCAGACCCCGCGCACGUGGGGGUCACAGGCACCGCGCCCGUGGAGGUCCCAGGCACCGCGCACGUGUGGGGUCCCAGGCACCGCGCCCGUGGGGGUCCCAGACUCCGCGCACGUGGGUGUCCCAGACCCCGUGCACGUGGGUGUCCCAAACUCCGAGCACGUGGGAGUCCCAGGCACCGCGCACGUGGGGGUCCCAGGCACCGCGCACGUGGGGGUCCCAGAGCCCGCGCACGUGGGGUCCCAGACCCCGUGCACGUGGGGGUCCCAGACCCCGCGCCCGUAA